AAAUUUAGCUCCACCUUCGUAGCUCGGACUAGAGUUGCUAUGACGAUAAUUGUCAACAAAAGCGAUUUGCCUCUUUGCAAUACAGUAACAAAAUCACGAAUGUUUCGCAGUGUUGCUGGUCUCAUAAAAUCGAAUCAAAAAACAUCUGUUGUAAGUUGGUUAUUACCAAUAUAGAAGCACUAUUAAUCACUUUUGCCAUCAGAGGAAAGAGUGAUGACCCACCUUUUGGGUCGCCAGGACUGUGUGGACAGUCUACGGAGAGAUCUAACGGAUAUUCAGGGAGCUGUUUUGGACGUGCUUUCCUGUACCGGUCCGGUUCGAUUUUCUUCAUGGAAGUUCCCAGAUAAGAUGUCCUGCAAUUUGGACUUGGCAUCACUUUUGGAGCAAUACGACUUUGUGGAGGGGGAAGAAGAAUUUAAUCAGCACUCGCACGUUGUUCUGCUGGAGCUGAUGAUUGACAGACUGAUGCUUCUGCUUCAGAGUUUGAAUGCCCAUGCAGAGGUGAUAUUGGGGGUGCGAAGGAGAGGCUCACAAAGUCGAGCGACCCCUCCUUCUGUAUCCAUCGGCUUGGUGGUGAGACGCUACUGGCAGAACCUGCUGCAUCUGAGCUGUCUGCAUCUUAAGGAGGAGCAAACUAACAAGUGUGAGAAAGAAUCACCUGUAGAGGGUGUUGGUGAGCAGCUGAAGCGUGAGCGUGAGCUGAAGAGCACCUUUGUCCAAAGGCAAGAGUCAUCUGUGUGCCAGAGGGGCUACACCUGCUGCCCCGAAUCUGCCUCCAGAGACAUGUGCUCUGUGGGCUGCCAGACGGUGGCGUCGUCUCCACUGCCCUGCCAUGCCUGUGCUCACGUGCAGCAUAGCCUGCGGGUGACGAGUGACACCCUGAGCAGCAUAUGCCAGAGACUGGGCCUGCCAUCCUGUCUGAGCUCCUUCCUGGAAGAAGUGCCCAGUUCCCUGGAGCAUGGGCAGCUGUCUGCGCCCGAUAUGGCUCAGUGGGCUGCCCAGCAGAGCCGAGACCUGGGUCGACUGGAGAAGUACCUAGCCCAGCUGCAGGAUACCAUCCAGCCCCUGAAGGAGAGCCUAGCUACUCUGGAAGGAGAACGAGGGAAGCUGAGGGUCCAGCUGGAGCAGACGGAGAGGUCACUGGCCCAGCAGAGUGAAGAGCACCAGGCCAGCCUGGAGAAUAUUGAAGUCAGGCUCCAGAAGGUCCAGGCCAAGGGAGACGAGGCCAAGAGCAGACUGCAAGGAGAACUGGAGGAAAUGAGACUUGAAAAUUUGUCUUUGAAAGAAAGAAACUCAAAACUCAAGGCAGAACUUUGCACCUGCAGUUUGCAGCUGGAUAAAGUGCACAGCACUGGUUGCCAGUCAACUCUCACUUCCUGCGUAUCUUUGUGUUUGGCCCCAUCUUCCACUCCAUAUCCAUCACCCACUGUUCCCUCUACUGUGCACAUUCAGGCAACACAGGCCAAGCAAAGGGCCCUCCUGGAGCGUGUCGAUGCCCUGGACAGGGAAUGUGUGGACCUGCAGGGAAGGCUGGGUCAGGUGGAGGAGAGCCGGGCGGAGCUGCAGGAGAAGCUAAGGCUGACUGUAGAGGAGAAGGAGCUGCUUCAGGCUCAGCUUAGCCAACAGCAGGUCCUCGGUGUGCAGCUACAGGGGGAAACUCAGGCUCUGAGGGUGUGUGUGGAGUGGCUCCAGGGGGAGCUGGAGGAGCAGAGGCAGCGGGAAAGACUGCUGGUGGCCUACCCUGAGCUGUGCCCCCCCGCCCAGGGGUCCCCACAGAGCACAGGUGAUGUAAUAGGGGACAUGGAGCAGCAGCUGUGUGCCAACAUGCUGCGGAUUGGUGUCCUGGAACAGGAGAAUGCCACCCUGAGUGCCAGCUUGGCAAAGCUGAGGGAGAAAGGACAGCUUGGGGACUACAAAGUCGCAGUGGGCUCACCAUACCAGCUACGGUCCCACUGCCCAGCUAAGACCCCAGAGGACAGCCAGGGGAGCUGGCACCCCAGUCCAGAGGGCCUCUCUUUCCAUCCACAGGGGGGCGUGAGUCAGCAAGGAGCAGGACUGAGAGAUGGCAUUCAGGCCCUUGAGAGAGGCCCCAUGUUGACUAUGCUGCACUGUCAGGCUGUGGAGCUGCUUCUGCCAGCAGAGGAACAAGCCGCUGAGAGUUGCUGCAGGGUCCGCCCCGCCGCUCAGACCCACUGCACCACACGCCGCAAACAGAACUGAUGUUACCCAGCUGAAGGGGACUGUGCAGGAACAAAGCAGGGACAAGAACAACACAGAUGCGUAGCUGUCUACCUCAGUGCAGUAUGGCAAUAUUUCACUGAUAGCAUUACAGUCCCCAGCUAAUCAAAAUACAGUUAUCAGUCAAUGGCAGUACAAACACACACCAAUGGAUGAUGCCCCAAUAAGCUCAAAUGAAGAGUUUCAAUGGCAUGUAAGAGGAUAUAAAAGCUGAAUAAAGUAACACAGACCUAACCUUUUUAAUUAACAACAUCCUAUCUGAAUCAUCACAGUAAUCAAAAUGUACUUCUUGCACUUUUGCUAACAAUUAAAUGUUGGUACAUCCAUUAUCAGCUCAUGUAUAUUUAAGAAUUGUUUUAUGUAUAAACAUUAUACACAGAAAUUCUUUAGAUAGAAAGUGACAACUCUAGUGAGGACUACGAUGGCGCGUGUCUCCAAUUAGCUGAACACGACGACACGGUGAAGAAAAAGGCUGAUCGAUGCCAUUCAGUUUUCGGGUUGGCAGGAGCUGCCAUUCAGGACACGAUGAGAGUGAAAACUUUCCUGCUCUUGUUCUGGCUUUUGUUGGAGUGUUUGUGUUACACAUGUCAUGUAAAACAGUUCUGUAAAGCUGUAUAGCCUACGCAUAUUUUAGUCAAGUCACUGCCGUAAUUUCACUUGUAUUUCUGAAAAGGACGCACCUGUUGUAAGCUGUUAAAAACAUCAUUUUUGUCAGCAUCACUUUAUGAGCAUCAGCUCUCCAGGUUAAUAGUUACACAAAUGAAGGCUCAAGAUACAGGCUGAAUAGGGCUACAUGUCAUGAGCAGCCAAUGGAAAAUGGAUUACAGUGUAAUGAAUGUUUUAAUAUUUACUAUAAUAUUUAUAGUAAUAACUAAUAUAUGAUCAGGUCAGUCUAGAAUUUUGGUCUGCAGCUGCCACUAGUGUAGAGAUAUUUAUAAUAACUCUUUUAUGCUUUUAUUUGCAUCAGAUUCCGUUCAAAACCCAAGUCUACCUGAUACAAUUGUGCAGUUCUCCGAAAUGGUCACAAGGGGUCGCCAAUACUUCAUUAGUACAUUAAAUAGGGCUUAAGGUAACACAGGCCGACAAAAGGAGUAUUUACGGCUACCUUAAAAGGGAUAAUGUACCGGUAUGUGUGGGACUCAUGACUCUUAAUAGGAUCAGCGGGUACAGAAAAUAGAUGAGUGUAUCCUAUAUUUAAAUAAUAUAUUUUUGCGAAAUUAGUCAAAUGUGAACCUUAAAAUUGGGAAACUAAAAAUGACUCCUAAGUUUAAUGAUUUUACUAAAUCCCAUCAUGCCGAAAGAUAAAUUUGUACAUACUAUAUAUUAAUAUGUAAACAAAACCAGAACCGUUCUUUCUCGCUUGGCCUGAAUUAAAUAAGAAAAUGUUCAAGGUGCACCGGGUACUUUAUGUACACGGAGGCAUUUUGUUCAGUAAACUAGGGAAGCUGGCUUACUGUGACCGUUCGUACCAAUAAUAAUGUUGUAGUAGGAAUAAAUCGUGUACACAGCAAUGCCAAGAGAGAUAAGCCACGACAGACGCGUAGCGGGCGAGUGAUCGGCAGCCCGCAGCUCUGGACGUCGCACUGGCCCCCAGCCAUCCUCGGCCAGCCGAGAACAAUAGCGGCACGGCGCAGUGCCAAGACCGCAAGCACUGUCGUACCUGGCAGCUGCGAAGGUUACCGGUAACCUUGGAAACGCCGAGGGAUCGCGCACUGUGCACGCGCGAUUUUAAGAACAAAGGCGCUUCCCGAAAGUCCUAGUGUCAGUUAACACCUGUUACUUUGGUAAAUAUUGACCAAACAAGUUUACAGAAUUGAAGAAAAAACGAGAUAAAGAUCGUAUACAUAUACUUUGCAUAUUGGCAUUCACAGUCGUACAAAGCAGCUGCAAUAACAUUAAAAAUUAAAUCAUACAUAUAUGAGGACUACGGUUGCCACCCGUCCUUCUUAAUGUGGGACGAAACAGUUUAUUUUCCAAUGCGGGACGAUCCCGUAUUAUAAGACACGGGUGACAUCCCUAACACUAUGACUAAGCUAACCUCUGCAUGGUAGAGCGGAAAUAUACGGCACCACUGUAAUUUCUUAGACAUAACGCUCGGGGCAGCAGAUUUUUAAAGCGGUCGCAAAGAACUAUCGUAAUAUAUUUCAGUGCUAUUACUAGAAUUGUUCAUUUUUGUUUCAUAUCCUCUGCCUCAGUGGUUGAAGUUGUAAACCAGACGAUGGUCCCCAGUCAUAGAAAGGCAAAUUUCAGCCUGUUUGCAUUUUCAUGCCUUUCUUGAUAUGAAGAAUCCAGAGACCGAGGGGCGAUCACAUUACUUCCCGCAUGAUCUGCGUUCACAACAGGGUUGUUUUUUAAAAAAAACAAAACAAAAAAACGUAGACUAGUGAUGGAAGUUCAGUUCAAUUUACAGAACCGAUUUUAUCGAACUCGGUUUAAAUUAAUCAAAAGUGUCUGGCCGACCUCACUUGUGAGUAAACCUCCCGUUUUAGGGUAAAGAAAUGGCGUAAUUGACGUGCACCGAAGAGAUAGAGAAAUUGAAUUAGAAAGGCAAAUGACAAAAAUAUUGUUUUUAAAAUAUUAUGAGAGUCUAAGAUGACCGUUUUAUGCUUGUGUUUUCUGUUUGACGCCUAAUGUUCUCCUGUAUCCCAGUUCCUUUUUUAAACUUUGAAUCAAAUGCAUGUAGU